ACCAUCGACUGCUCACUUUUCGACUGUGUUGUUGUUUCGUUGAAAGUGGGUUUGUUUUCUUCCCAUUUUUGCGUGUUUUACUGAUUUUUCUGUAAAAACAAUUCGCAAUUAAUUGUGUCAGCCCCUUAAUUAAUUGUUUAGUGUUAUAACGUGCUGGUGAAAAAGUGAAUAUCAGGGAAAGAAAAUACGAUUACAAGUAUUUUUCUGACACAUAACCUGCAACUCAAUCCAGCAAUAAAAAUGGGAAAAUCCUCAAAAAAAUCCAAGAAACAUCACAAGAAACGAAGUUCAAGUGAAAGUGAGUCCUCUGAGGCUUCCCCCAAGAGGCCAAGUCAUAGGGAGCCUGAAGUGAGACAUCAUCGGAAGAAAGAAGUGUCGGAUGACAGGGGAUUUUCUUCCAAAUGGGACAGUCCGGAAGAGAGUACAUCACACAGAAGGCAUCGGGAGAGGAUUCAGGAAACAUAUCGAGAGGAACAUGAAGACAGCAGGAGUUUUGGAAGGCGCCAAAACAGAGAAGUUCAUGAGAGACACUUUCAAGAUGAUCGUAGGGAUCGAUCAGGAAGGCGUCAGAGGCACAGCCCAUCGCCCAGGGGCGACUUUAGGGACAAUCGGAGAAGAAAUGAGGAGCGUCAUGAGGAAGAGUAUACACGGAGGAACAAAAAUGAGGCUCAGGAUCGUGGCAGGAGGUAUCGGGAGAGUCGAGAUGGUGAAUGGAAUCGAGAGGAGAGGUACGAAGAUCGCAGAGAGGAGAGAAAUGGACAAAAUGAAUUAUUCCACGAGAGAGAAAGAAGGAGCGACGAUGGAAAUCGUCGGCGUGGAAAUCAGCGCAGUCGGAGUCCACACAGAAGGUUUCCGCGUCAGGAAGAUGAUGGAAAGUACGAGUGGGGAAAGCGCGAUGACAAGUCCUUUGCUGAGCAAAAGGAGCCAGUUGAGAAGGAGAAGCCCAACUUUGGGCUGUCAGGGAAGCUCACAGAAGACACCAAUAAGGUCAAUGGGGUGGUGAUCAAAUACGCUGAACCCCCAGAGGCUCGGAAGCCCAAACGUCGUUGGCGUCUGUAUCCCUUCAAAGGGGAACAAGCCCUGCCUACGAUGUACAUCCAUCGCCAAAGUUGCUUCUUGAUUGGACGCGAUCACAAAGUCUGUGAUUUGCGCGUGGAUCAUCCGUCGUGUUCAAAGCAACAUGCUGCACUUCAGUAUCGUUUGGUGCCAUUUGAGCGCGAAGAUGGAACCGUGGGGAAGAGAAUUAGGCCCUACUUGAUUGAUCUUGAGUCAUCAAAUGGAACCUAUGUCAACAAUAAUCGCAUCGAGGCGAAGAAAUAUGUUGAAUUACUCGAGAAGGAUGUCAUCAAAUUCGGCUUCAGCUCACGCGAAUACGUUCUGCUGCACGAGAACAGCCACGAGGAAGCUCUCGAUGAUGAUGUCAAUCCCGAACAGGAGACGGAGAUAAAGAAGGAGUCAGAAGAUUGACGAGGUGAGCAAUGAUUUUUUAGCCCUGUAAAUAAUUUUUUUUGGUGUUUCUGCAGCAAAAAAAAAACAAUUGCAUAUUCCUGUUAUUGUAAUCAAGAAAAAUCUCUAUUGAGGAAAAAUAAAAAAAGGCGUGAGAGUUAAACUUACAA